AAGGACGGAGCGGAUUCGUUAUUUUUUUUCAUCUUUCGAAUCCUCCGGUAGACGCGCUUUUACCUUCCUUCCCUCGCCGUUCGGUGCACGCGGAAGCGAGCGCAAAUUCCGCCGUCUCUUCCAAUCGUGAUCUUCGCUUUUAGCACCGAUAACGCCGCGAAAAGCUCGAAACCCUGGCCAGAAAAAGCGCGCUCGUCGAGCCACGCUCGACGCGGAGGAAGAAGAGGAAGUACGAUCAUGGGGAACGCGACUACAAAGAGACACUAUUCCAAGAGCAUCUCUCUAGCGAGCUCGUCCAAAAGACCACGCUGGGACGGACCAGGAUUGCCAGCACCUCCGGGCAAGCCAAUUCUGAUACCAGGAACGGACGACGCGCAACCGGACGUCGUUGGAAUACGCUGGGAACGAUCGCCCAGUAACGGCGGAUCGGCCAUCGUAGGUUAUCUGGUCGAACAUCGACGAAUGGGUUCGGCUCAUUGGGUGCGUAGUAAGCCUGGCCUCUGCACUUUUCCGGAACUAACGUUGAGCGGUCUUGAGCCAGGAUGGCGUUAUCAGUUCAGGGUCAGAGCACAGAAUGCGGUAGGUCUCUCAGCUCCUAGCGAGCUGUCGGAUCCCUUGACGGUAACGUUGCAACGAGCCGCUGCAUCCGCCCCGCAGUUCGACCUCGAACUCGACGACUUGAUCGCUUUGGAGAACGAACAGGCGGAAUUCGUAGUGAGAUUUACGGGAACACCCUUACCAAAGAUCUCUUGGUUCAAGGACGGCUUCGAAAUUUUUAGCAGUAGACGAACGAGAAUCUUGACCGAAAAUGGGAAAAGCGUACUACUUAUACAUCAGACGGCUCUUAACGACGAGGGUGAAAUCAAGUGUACCGCAACGAAUAGAGCUGGCCACGUUAGUACCAAAGCCAGACUGAUUCUCGAAGCGUUUCCAAAGAUACGACUACCGAGGCAGUACGAGGACGGUCUCCUUUUCGAGCAGGACGAAACGAUCAGAUUGAAAGUGUCUUUAGCCGGAAGACCACCACCUACCGUAGCUUGGUUCCACGACGGAGAACCUCUUUCACAGGACACACGGCACAUUUUCGAAUCUAUGGACGGCGAAUCGGUUUUAAAGAUACCGGACGCAAAGCGUUUCGACAGAGGAGAGUACACGGUAAAAGCUAGAAACAAACUCGGCGAAGACGCAUCCUCCUUUCUCGUUACGGUUACAGAUCGACCAGCUGCACCCGGAAAGGUAAACGUCACGAUGACUUUGGGCAGAUCCGUCACGUUAUCCUGGAAAGAACCGGAGGACGACGGCGGCUGUAAGAUCGGCACUUACAUCGUCGAAUAUUACAGAAUCGGUUGGGAGGUAUGGUUGAAGGCAACGACGAGCCGUCAAACCGCGGCAACGCUGACCGAAUUGCUCGAAGGCUCGGAGUACAGAUUUCGGGUAAAGGCAGAGAAUCCAUACGGAGUGAGCGAUCCGAGCGAGGAAAGCGACAUCAUCUUCAUUCCGGAUUUGAAUAAAGGGGCAACGUCGCCGCAAUUAACUGGAAAGUCUCAGAGCCAACGAGAGAUCAGUCGAUCGCGCGGUGACAAGCGCGAGGUUAGCUUCGUCGAGCCGGCUCCGAGGAGCAGAAGCCUCACGAGAGAAGAAGCAGGGAUGGACGGGCGAUCUCGUUUCGGAGGACGAUCUUCGUCGGCGCAAAGAUUGUCGAUGGAAAGACCAUCGAGGGCGGACAGCAGAGUCACCUUCGGUCCGGACACUACGAUUCACGUCGAAAGAACCGUACCGCCUGUACCACCCGCCAGGUCGAGAGAUCACUCAUCUUCCAAAUACGAAAAUCGAGCGGAGAAUCAUACGGUACGACAAGACGCUUCCUCUGUGAAAACGAACGAAUCGCAGGAAGGCUCGGAGACUAAAAAGAGAGCAACGUCCCCGACAAUUUCAGCUGCCGCUGAAACGAAAGGAAGACCGACGUCGCCGACGUCCGCCGUCGUAACGAUCUCGCCAUCGCCCAAGACCGAUCCUCCGAUCGGCCGUUCUUCGUCGCGAUCGAGAGAAAGAAGCUCGUCUCCUCUUUCGUUGUCUCAAACCCGAGAGAAUCCAGGGGAAGGGGCAAAUGGGUCGCGUUCUCCGCUCCUCCGACCCAUAUCGAUUUUGAAGAAGCAAAACGGUUUGAGCGACGAGCUCGAUGCGACGCAACUGGCGGCAUCGCCUAGAGAGAACAACGACAUGCUACACGAUAGUUCGGAGUUCAUGUUGGUCUUAUAUCCGAAGGACGAAACCGAGAACAAGGAGGAUAAUGAGGGAUUAGGCACGACGGGAUCGAAACGAGGUACGACGGAGGUGAUGGAGGACGAGGAGGAUUUGGUACCGCCGCCGAUGUCUCUAUCCCUUCCCGAAUUAUUCAGUAAAGAGCACGAAGCGAUAGAGAUACUGCGCGAGGCGGUCAGCUCUACGGAAAUGUUACACGAACGUGCCAUGGAACGUUUCUAUAAAGCGAUGGAGGCCGAGAAAGAGUCGGAAAGCGCGAGGAGAAAGGAAGCGUUGGAGAGAAAAACCGGAGAACUGGCUUCUAUCGCGAGACAGGACUUCGAGAUGGGAGGAGCUCUGAAAACCGUAAAAGCGCCGUCUCUUCGAAGAAAGUUGUCCAAUUCCGGUGGAGCCACGCAGAACCUGAUCUCCUCUUGGCAAGCCAAGAAAGCUCGCAGAAGAUUGAGCGAGGGCCAGGUCGAGGGGGUCUACAAACCUACGAAGCUUUUCUCUCCGUUGCUGUUACCGGACGUCGAGGCUAGAUCCGAUCCAAAUCUACCUACCGAGGAGGAAACCAUUACCGCAAGGCCUUGGAGGAGGAGCAGCGACGAGGAGGGAGCCGAACGUCUGCGCAGAUGGCACGAAACCAACGUGCCUUUGCUCGAGGAAACUUUGGUAGAGAAAUCGAUAGGCUUGAGAGCCGACGAUUCCACCAAUCGGACGAUUUCUCCGUUUCGAGAGAUCGCAUCGGAAGAGCAAGAGCGAAGGGACGAGCGAGUGCGAGAAGAGAAAGAGGAAGAGCUGGUGGAAGAGCGGGCGGAAGAGGAGGAGAGUAUCGAGACGUCGGAAGAAUCCUCCGAAGAGAUAAGCAGCGCCGACAGCGAGGAUUUGAAAAAUUUGAAGCAAAGAAUCUUGGCGAGACGAGUCAUGGAAGAGGAAGACACGUAUCAUCCGAGAGGUAGACCUAUCCCGCACUUCGAUAGUUUCGACAAGCCACACUUUUCCGAAUACGGCGACCCUUCGAUCACGGACGAUUCGACGAGUCCAUCGAUUUGGGUUCGAUCACCCUCGUCGCCUACGAACCUUCAACCGAAAUCGAUUCUGAAGAAGCCUAAGGAGGAUGGUACUCCGCGAAUAAACGAGCUUGGCAAAGUCGUACCGCCCGAGAAACCGAUAAGAAAGGUACCACCCGUGAGACAAGAGGAAGCGUCCGAUCCGAACGGACGUAAUUUGGACGAUACGAGCGAGUACUACGACGCGAUGAAACCCGGGGUCAUGUCGGAAUCGGACACCGAUAGCGUCUUAUCGGCCGGAGAGGCGGCUAAGAAUCGCAGAAUACAAGCUAAAAUGCGCUCGGCAACGCCCGAAGACGAGACGAACGAAGCCGACGUCGAAGCGAGAAUGGCGGUUGUUAGCCAUUACACCGAGAUCGUGCGCGAACAUUCGUCGAGUCAUAAUCCAGUAGCGGCUGGCAGGGUUCGGGACGAGGGCUCGAGUCGAGGCUCCUCUUCGGAGAAGGAUCGAAGAAGCGACGGACCGAGUAAGAACAAAGUAUCCGCUGUUGCGGCGAUCAAAGAGGCUAGGGAGGGCGAGAAAGCGUCCGCUGGCGAAGCGAUCGGUAAAAGGAAGAAUAGCGUUGGAUCGCGCGGCACGACCCCUUCCAGAGACCCGAGGUUGGUCAAAGAAAGGAGAGAGAGCAGAGCGUCUUCGCGAACAAGGUCGCCGAGUUCUAGAUCGAGGAACGUUUCCGUCGAAAGAGGCACCGCUUCGAGAUCCUCCUCGAAGACCAGAGUACGCGCUCCGUCACGGGAGAGGAACGAUCGGCCAGGAUCGAGGACAACCUCGGAAGAGCGAGCAUUCGCCAGAGAGAGAUCCGUCGAUCGAAGCGCGCGUAACACAAAAGGCACCUCGAGAUCGAGUUCGCGAGACAGGCAGAGGGCAACGACACCGGCCGAACUCAAGAUCGAGCGUUUGCAAAGGGCCUUGGAGAGUAAAAAGUACAGAGCUCGGAAUAGAACUCGAUCGGAUAUCGAUAAAUAUUACCCGGAGUCGUUUCCGACCGAUCGUGCCAGCGACAAACGUCUCGCGCUUCAAGCUCGGAACGCGGUGAAGUCUACCGUCAACUAUAUAACCGACUUGACGCUUCUCAUGGCCGCCGUUUACGUUUAUCUCUUCAAGAAGGAGACCAUGGCGAUACCCUUCAUCGCUCUUCUUCUUUACAGACGUAUCCAAGAAGGCAUUCGCGAGCGUAUAUCGGGACGUUGGUGGUCGUCCAAACGCAAGCACUGACCAAUUAGAACGUUCGCGGUAUCGCGAUCGUAGGAUCAUUUCGUUUAUCUCUUAGUCGGGGAUGGAUUGUUUAUCCCAUAAAUCGAAUGAAAGGUGGCGCGCUAAAAGAGUAUUUUGUACGUACCUAAUGGAGAGAUCUAGCUCCUUCGAAUUACUCAUUGUUUCUCUCUUUCUCUGUCCAUUCAUCCAUCCAUCCGUCUUAUUAUCUUCCUCGGUUUACGAUAGUCUCUUUUUAUACGCGUUAAUCGCGCCUAUUUACGUUACUCGCUCUCUGGUCCAACUUUCGAGCAACGACGUUGCAGUCGCGCAGCGAACUUGACUCCGACGAAAGAGAACGCCGUAGGACGAACGCGUUAUCUCACAACGGAAUUAUAUUUUAUUUGUUGCAUAUCCGUGCUUUACGAGGAAACGUCUCGAUAAGAGUAUAUAUAGCUUGUUACUGGAUAAGAGGAUACAUGUAAUUUAUAAAACGAAAAGUCCUUCUAUUUUUGCGACGUUUGUUUUUACGUCGAUGCCAUCGUUAUUUAUUCUUAAUAUUAUUAUCGCCUUAAUUUCAAUAAACGUGUACAUAAGUA